AUGGCAAGCUUGAACGAACCUUUCGGAACAGAAACAAUCGGUUCCUCAGCGUUCAUCGACAUCGGUGUGGUUGAUACGGAACAAUACGAACGAGCUGACCACUUCUUCCUUGAGUUAAUGCCACCGAUUUGGGCGAAGAAGAUGUCAGGUAAGCACAACAUCUCCUAUCCGAUGAUGAUCUCAUCGAUGGAGCAAAAGCCAUUCAUUCCCACUCAGCCAUCUAACUUCCCGAUUGUGAUACUCAUUCCGAUCAAAAUCUGA